CAGAUAAAAAUAAGAGAGAUAGCCAGAGGGCCAGCAGAAUGAAUGGAAAUGUGCAGCAUGGUGGGGUAUGGGGUGGGCAGGCCAUCUCAACAGCAUGCCAGAGACCUGGAGUGGAGGAGUUGCUCUCAGGAGUGACCGUAGUUGAGAUUUACAGCAAUAUGAAGCAUGAAGUGGCCACCUUCUGUAGGCAGGAAGGAACUCUAAUAUGGGGAUAAGAACACUAACCCACCCACAAAACUUUCAACCUAAAAUUUAUCCAUAAGAAAUGCAUGGAUGUGGAUGGAGCAGAGACAGGGGAAAAGGCCAAGUAAUAACUAACUCAACUUGAGAUUCAUUCCAUAGUCAAGCACCAAACCCUGACACUGUUCAUAAUACACUGUUAGGCUUGCAGACAGGAGCCUAGAAUAACUGUCCUCUGUGAGGCUCCACCCAGAAGCUGACUGAAACAGAUGCAGAGACCCACAGCCAAACAACGGAUGGGGCUUUAGGACUGUUAUAGAAGAGUUGGGGAAAAAACGGGGGGCCCUAAAGGGAAUAGGAACUCCACAGGAAGACCGGCAUCAAAUAACCUGGACCCUUGGGGGAUGGCAGGGAUUGAACCAAACAGCACAUAUGAGCUGGACCUAGUCCCUGCACAUAUGUAGCAGAUGUGUGUCUUGGUUCUCAUGCGGAUGCCCCAACAACUGGAGCAGAGGUUAACCCUAAAGCUGUUGCCUGUCUGUUGAGUAUGUUCCCCUAGCUCAGCUGCCUCGUCUGGCCUCAGUGAGAGAAGAUGCACUUAGCCUUGCAGAGAUGUGAUGUGCCAGGGUGGGGUUAUGCCAACAAGAGACUCCACCAUCUCAGAGAAGAGAAGGGGCGUAGAGGAGGGACUGUGUGAGGAGGACCAAGGCAGACUACAAUCAGGAUGUGAACUGAACAAAAAAAGAUGCUGUAGAAACCCAAAGAAAUUCUAAUGGGAACUAUGAGAAUAAAAACAGCAGAAAUUAUUUUCACCUUAACAUUUUAUUUUGGAAAACAGUUGUUACUUUUUAUAAAAAUUCUGUGCAUAUGCACUUUAAUAAUAUGUUCAACGAAGCAAAUGGCUCAAAUGGGUUUUUAAUGUGGUGAACAUUGAUCGACGUAAUCCACACAAUCAUGAUUUGCUUUGAGGUCCGACGUCUUUUCGAGCCUGUGCAGACACCCUGACUUCUCAAUUGUUGAGACUUGUUGACUCGAUGGCCUUUUAGAUUGACACGGGGACAUUGUGACCAUAACCAGGAGGACAAGCAUCAGUGUAAGCAACAUGUCUUAUUACACACUGCUCCUGCAGGCCUCAGAGCUAGAUCUGAACUGUGGAGGCAGGGCCCAAGAGACUUCUCCUCCAGGACUUAAUCUUUCCAUGCCCCAAACCAAACACCCUUUAUCACUACCAUUGGGAAUUUUUUAGAGAAGCCAAAUAGCAUCCUCCAUAUCAAGAUCAUAAAGUGAACAUAUACUAGCAGAGGCUCAGUCUGCGCUCAGCAGCCAGAUGAAGGUCCUUUUAGUUCUGGCUGUCCUGCUGCUUAUGGUCACCCUUGUCAUCACCAAGAAUCCAAAAGGUUCACACUCUCUGAGAUAUUUACAAACACUCCUGUCAUGGCCUGGCCUUGCGGAGCCCCAGUUCAUCUUUGUUGGCUAUGUGGGCAAUACACAGUUCAUAGGAUUCAACAGCAGAUCACAGAGUCAGUGGUCGUUGCACAGAGCACCGUGGAAAGAUCAACAGACUCCAGAGUAUUGGGAGAAGACAAUACAGGAAGUCCUGAGUGAAAAACGGAACUUGAAAGAAGUAAUGGAGAAAAUGCUUCACAUCUACCCUAACAGCACGACUGGUAAUCACACAAUCCAGAUGAGGUAUGGCUGUGACGUGCUGCCUGGAGGUUACUUCAGUCAUGGAAUCCUAGAAUUGAAUUUUGAUAGCCAGGAUUACAUCAUACUGAAUGAUGAACUGCACAACUGGAUAAUAGAUGGCAAGGCAGCUGAGAUGCUCAAGCAGGAGUGGGAGGACACGCAUUAUGCACAAAUUGUGAAGAAUUACCUGAAGGGAUCAUGUGUGGAUGAACUCCUUACAGAGCUGGACCUUGGGAAAGAUUAUUUGCUGAGAACAGACACCCCCAGAACACACGUGAUCCACAAAGUCAGACCUGACAGAAAAAUCAUCCUGAGGUGCUGGGCCCUGAACUUCUACCCUGCUGAAAUCACUAUAACCUGGCAGAGAGAUGGGAGGAACCAGACUCAGGAUGUGGAAGUGAUAGAGACGAGGCCUGCAGGGGAUGGAACCUUCCAGAAGUGGGCAGCUGUGGUGGUGCCUUCUGGGGAAGAGCAGAAAUACACAUGCCGUGUGGAGCAUGAGGGGCUGCCAGAGCCCAUCACCCUGAGAUGGGAGUCUCCUCAGUCCACCAUCCCCGUCAUGGCUAUUGUUCUUUGUCUGGUUCUUGGAGCUCUGCUUACAGGAGCAGUGGUGACUUCUCUGAUAUGGAAGAGGAAGAUUAAAGGUAAAGACAGGGCAGGGUCUUAGUUUGUGUCUUCAUGGGAAGAUCAGGACAAGCUGUGAGUGUGCCCUGUCACAUGACAGCAGGUUUCAGCCUGGGGAUGGUGUGGUGAUAUCAACUGCAUUGUGAAGCAUAAAGAAAACAACGGACAGAUCCAUAAGUGCAGUGAUGGAGGAGACACAGACCUGUGUCUCAGCUCUCAGAGGUCAGAGGGAAUUCUCCUAUUUAGAAUAGGUACCCAGGAUUCCAGUUAGCUGGUUUCCUGUACAUUCUUCUAUCACGUUUCCUCAGCUUUCUCUGAACUUGCAGUCACAGUUAUGGAAAUUAUCUGAGAUGAGGGCAAGGAGAUUCUUCUAGGCCCUCUGGACCCUACUGCCUCCAUGAACUCUAAUAAAAGUGUUUUUCCUCCAGGAGUUAAAGAGAAACCCCCUAGGUUCAACCUUGCCAGUAAUAAUGCUGGUGGCUCAUUCCCGAGGAACUUAUAGUAAUAUAGAAAGGAACCCAUGAGGGAAUCUGAGCCGGCCCACAAUGCCUCAUUUACGUCUAUCUUCAAAGGCUUUGACCUAGUCUUAAUUUGCUUUCCACUAGGAGGCAAAAUCCCUAUGAUGUCCAUCCUUCAGUUACAGCAUUAAAAAAUAACACGUUAAGGUACCUAACAAGGAGAGAAUCAAAGGAUAGACCCCUGGGGGAUUGGAAGUCUGGGAAUUGGGACAGUUUGAAUGUGUCAUGGACUGACUGUUCAGUAUGUCACCAGCUAAAGACACUGAUCAGAACU